AAACAAGACUUUGUCUGGGCAGGGGAGGGGGAGGUCACGUGGUGGACACUGCGGCCCCUCACGAGAGAGAGAGAAGAUUGGAGGAGACCAUCGUGGAGCGACGACCCGCACGUUUGGUGCUCCAGCGGAAUUUCAGUUUUCGUCAGCUGCGGUCCAAGGGAGAGCACUGGCAAAGUGUGGGGUGGAGGGGGCUGGGUCACCUGCCAGGCGGCCUCUCCACGGCCAGAAAUUCAAUAGUCGGGCGAAUUGAGUGAAAAGCGUGUAUCCCCUUCCCCUGCCCCCACCGACCAUCGCCCCCCUGUGUGGAACAUUCUGUGACUGUGGCUGCAAUGUACCAGAGAUUUGCUGCCCACGCGAGGCAUGGAGACCAGCGACUAGCUGAGUGGGGGUUAGUUGGAGUGGGGGAGGCAGUCCGGGGGUCAGGGCGGCCUUUGUUGCUGGCUGGGUGUUGUGAGGCCGAUGGCGGGGCUGUCACCAGAAAGUAGCGGUUGUGGUGUCGGCAGCGGAGCGCGCGGGCAAGUUGCUGGCGGUGCGUGUUGGUGGUGUGUGUCUGUGGCGCCAUUGUCGGAAUUAUCGCCAGCCACCCUCCCACCUUCCUCUCCCAGCCUCCACAGGGCGUGGAGGUGACUUCGUGACCCGACGGAUGCCAGGAGAAUACCCAGUCCCUCUGACCACCAUCCCCCUCCCCCCCCAUACACCCCGCACCCUGCAGACGACUUGGGGAGGAUGGAGAGCGGAAGCUGCUUGUGCCAUGUGUGUGGGGGGAGGGGGAGGAGGACAGACGAGGCGUGGAGUGUCGCUCAGAUGGCGAUGAUGCGCGACCUGCACACACGAGACCCUAACGCUGUUUGUGGCAAGUAACCGUCCUUCAGUCGCCACCCCCGGGUACAUGUGUGGCGGGGCCAUGUUCUCCGCGUACCGCCGCCUGUCCCAGCUCGACACCAGCAUCAAACUGGACAUCCUGGUGCCAGCGGAAAGAGCAGCAGCUGUCCGCAGCUUGCCAGUGAGGACCCAGCUGUCCGCAGCUUGCCAGUGAGGACCCAGCUGUCCGCAGCUUGCCAGUGAGGACCCAGCUGUCCGCAGCUUGCCAGUGAGGACCCAGCUGCCCGCAGCAUCACUGAGGACCCAGCUGUCAGAACUUCAAAGGACACCAUCAGCUGAUAAUGAGGCUUUCACCUACUCCUGUCGGGAGACCUGAGAAGACGCUGACUAGACGUGGACCUGCUAGUAACCCGCCAUCUUGUGAACGCACUGCCAGGGGCCUGAACUCACUGCGGUUCCCUGGAGGACUCGCAGGCGGCUGGCAUCUGACCUCAAAGAAAACUUGUGGCAGGAGGCCGGCAGACUCUAUUGGUAGACUCGGUAACAAACGCCAGCUUCACGCUUCUGUCCAGUCGACAUCGUCAAUGGCUGUGAAGUGUACCCCGGGUGGGGCUAGUCUUUCCCCAGCGACACCAGAGUCGGUCACGGACGUCACUGGACAGACGGCGCGCAAAGCCAUCUACAAGUCGACCACCCUGGAGAGACCAAAGUCUUACCUUUAACAACGACAACCACUGGCUCCUGCUCCUCCACGUCUGCUGCCACAUCAACUGUCCUCCCACUGUCAAAUGUCAAAUAUGUGUGUGUGUGUGACAGAUGACUUGGUUCCCGCUGUUUGACACACACACACACACACGCACACAGAUAUGAGACGAGACAGAAGUUCUUUGCUACAUCCAGGAGGACAACGCCGAUGACUGAAGGCGUUAGCGAUGACAGUGAACGUUUGUCGGAAGGAAACAAGUUUUGCUGACACUCGUGUCAUCGCGAGAGCUGGGCUGUCACACAAGUCACAUCAUGUGUGUCAGAGCUUCACUCACUCGUGUGUCACACCAUUCACAUAAUGUAGUAUGCAAGGACGGUUGCUGUGCUGCCAUCAGAAGUUUCACAUCCUGUGACUGACAUGACAUGCCAUGACACCACACUGCCACAUUUGAUUGCGAUGUCUGGAGUGAGGCAGGGCUUCUCAUCCGGUCUCUCGGACGAAAGCUGACCGCCUCCUUCCCAUCUUCCCCUCCUCCUACCUCCCUGUGUCGACAGCACGACCUGCGAUCUGUAACCCUCUAUUGACGCAUGCGCAGUGACACACAGAAAGGGAAAGGCGUGGCAUUCUUUGAAGUAUGGCACUUAGAGUGUGACAUUUGAGUGAAGUAUGACACUUAGAUAGUGACACCAGAGUGAAGUAUGACACUGACACUGCAGUGAAGUAUAACACUGACACUGGGGUGAAGUAUGACACUGGAGUGAGGUCUGCCACUGACACUGGAGUGAAGUAUGACACUGCAGUGAGGUCUGCCACUGACACUGGAGUGAGGUAUGACACUGACACUGCAGUGAAGUAUGCCACUGACACUGGAGUGAAGUAUGACACUGACACUGCAGUGAAGUAUGCCACUGACACUGGAGUAAAGUUUUGCAGACACCCAGCAAGUAGUGGGGAGGGGAGGCAGCCCCCCUGCCCUACCCCCACAGCAUGGCUGCAGCCAGUGCCACACACGGCCCACAGGGGGCGCUACUUGCCUGGAGUGGGCCGACAAUGGAGGAACAAUUAUGCCAAAUUGUCGACCGCUGCUCCGCUGCAAAAACUUGCAGAAGUGUGUGUGGAGCUCACAGACUACAGACUACAGACCACGCCAGUCGCCGAACGUCACGCUCUGGGUGACGUCUGCUUCGCACACCAGCUCCUGUAGCCACCGACACCCACAGUCCGCAGCCCUCGCGUCUGUGACGCUCACGACUACCGCCGUCUACAGUCUACACCAAAGGACUACGGGACUAGUCUGUGACAGCUUGUCUACAGUCUACAGUCUACACCAGAGGACUACGGGACUAGCCUGUGACAGCUUGUCUACAGUCUACAGUCUACACCACCAGACAACUACGGGGCUACCCUGUUACACAUUGUCUACACCAGAGGACUACGGGACUAGCCUGUUACAGCUUGUCUACAGUCUACAGUCUACACCACCAGAGGACUACAGGACUAGCCUGCUACAGCUUGUCUACACCAGAGGACUACGGGACUAGCCUGUUACAGCUUGUCUACACCACCGCGGACCAUGUGACUAUACCUGUUACUCACAGCUGGGAAUUCAAGGAGGUUGUGCGUUGCUUCAUCAUCUAACAUGACGACACAUGUAACCUAUGACCUUUGAACUUUGUCAGUCGCCCGCUUGGUGGACCGUAGCGGACCAACUGUCAGGUGUGGCGGAAGUGGACUCAGCACCAGGUGUCCCACAGGUGGGUUCAGACGGCAUGUUGAAUACACGACACGACGACAACAUCAAGAUUAUUGUUUGUUAGUCAAGGAACUCACUGUGCUGAUAUUUGUUUGUCUGUCUGUCGCCCUGUGCCUCCUUCUCUCUAUCUCUUGAGUCACUGAACACUUCGCAACGGAUGUGCUGACUCAGUGUCCAGGGGUCAGGGGUCAGCUGCCUUGGACUGAAGCUCAAGACCCAGAGACAUGAAGAUGGAGACUUUGGUAAGCUGGGAUAGUUUGUGGUGAGAUCACGUGAUACGUGGCGCGAGGAAAGAAGUGAGGGUCGCCUGGCUCUCACAGGUCCUCACAGCGUGUGUGUCUGUGUGUUUGUGUGUUUGUGUGUGUGUGUGUGUGUGUUUGUGUUUGUGUGUUUAUGUGUUUGUGUGUUUGUGUGUCUGUGUGUGUGUCGCGCUGUCUGUUCACACCCAGCCACCUCAGUGCCCAAGUCUGGGAAUCACUCAACAGCCGUCCACACCCCGGGUGGGAGGUGCAGCAGUUCCCCAGGAGUUUUCUGUGACUGAAAUGUCGGGAGUAAGCUGUGAGUGGCUGUGAACUGUUCCUGCGGCCCGAUUAUAGUGUGAACACUGCCUGUGAACAGUGGACGUGGUUUCUGUGACAGCUCCCUGUGAACGAGGGAAAGCUGUUAGACACGAGGUAGCUGCUUCCACAACUGACGGCAGCAGACGUUUUUGUGCCUCAAGACCACGUGAUCCAGUGUACACACGUGACGUCACUCUGUUGCACACAUCUCCAUGACUACAGCAUAUUUGGAGGAUGGUACCCCCCUCUCUCUCUCUCUGUGGAUUUUAAGGCUAACCCGACAAUGAGUGUAAGACAGAAGGAGAUGAGUGUUCAUAGAGCGAGCCCUGAGGCUGCAGCUCGCCGCCAGACCCUAUAGACGGUCCUCAAGCACCGGCCAGUCAUCGAGGGCGCACCGUGUGGCGAUUUCCACGGAGACCUGCGUGCAUUCGUCAAGUAGCCUCGUGCGUCACUUGUGACCUGUCAACGUCACCAUCCCACAGGAGGAGUCGGCCUUGACCUCUCGCUGCCCCGCCAUUGUUUUCCUCGCCACGAGCGGUGGUCGGUUGGUUUUGUACCCACCGCCCUGAUGGCGGCUGUACACGCGCACCCUUUGUGUCAAGCGGAAGUGGCAAGAUGGACAAGACUGGCGAACUCUUUGCCAUGGCUACAGCAGGCGCCGUGCGCAGUAGGUCAUUGCGCACAUUGCUGACACGGCAGGUAGAACUGCGCAGGUAGUUCUAGAGGUCAACCUGGACAAGUCACGUGUCGACCUUUAGUUGUGGAAAACGCUGAACUUGCCGACAACAGUUUGUUGCUGAAAAUGACGAGGACCCAAAACAUUCCGCCAGGUGGCGUACAACCUCGUGACGUCAGCUGUUGGCGCGCUGUGUCUCCGGAUGCAACGUGAUGACGAGUGAAGACGUACUGAUCACGUGACACCCGAGUAGACUUACGUCUCUGUUGUCGCGAGUGGAGAUGGUGUUGUCUCCUCUUUGCUUCCAGCGCCGGAUGUGACGGAGGUCGUUAGCCAGGGAGAUAAAUGACCUGUGAGUUGGCUGCGGUGAGUCGCGUAAACACGCUCCAGGGACCACGUGAUGCGCCGUCCCCGCGCCCCGCAGCCAGUCUUGUAGAGCGGUUGUGGUCAGCCGGUCAACCAGUACUUUGUACACAGGCUGUCAUGCCCCGCCUCCCUACACCACGUGUCUCGCUGUGUCAAAGUUCAUCUGUAGCCAGUUCCAACGACAACUGUGCUCGUCACAACAUCCGGGUAUGUCACAUGUCGGACUGGCUGAGCGAUGGCAGAAACAAUGUCGGUCAAAGUAGCGACAGCAGCGACUACACGUGUUACAGUGUAUGUGACACUAUGUGACAGUUGAUGCGACUACACACGUGAGUCCGUGUCACCGAGUGCAGGGAGGAGCUGAGCAUCCGUGUAACGACUCUCCCUCACCUGCAGGGAGGAGCUGAAGACAUCCCUGAUGACAGCGGCACAUGACAAGAACCUGGAUGUACGGAUGACGACGACGGUGAAACGUUGGCAGCUGCUGGUGAUGUCGUCGUCGUAGUGGUGGCGAGCGACCUGCAGCCAUGUUUGUUUCCGCCACCCACUCCACUCUGCCCUGCCACCCGACGGACACCUGUCUGCAGAGACGCCCUUCCUUUCCACAGGUGGGGUCUGGAGAAUGGAGUCUCAGUCGUAAGCUUGUCAGCGGACAGCGCCAUCCCACGGCCGCCUCCAUGGCAACGGAGGAGCAAGAUGACGACGAGGACGCGGAGCCUGACGUCACUUCCGCCAGCACGGCCCCGAGCCUGCACGCUGCUCACUGCCGUUGCUCCAGCGACAAGUUCAACCUGCCCGCCGGCGUCGCGACCGACAAGAACCAGAACUCGGGCUCCAGCUUCCUCACCAUCCAGCCGGACGUGUCCGUGUGCACGUGUCAGUUGUCUGGGGUCUCGCUUGGCGGGCUGACGGCUCCAGAUGGCUCCCGAACCUCUUUGGCGUCUGCUGUUGCCAAUAGCAACCGGAAGCUGCGUCGACACCGCGCGCGCAAGGCCACGGUGAUCUUUAACGUGGGCGGCCAGGUCUUCGAGACCUACCGCUCCACCCUCAAGCGCUUCAAGAACUCUUUCUUCGCGGACGACGACAAGAUGCGCGCCUACUUCCGCCCGGCUCACGGGGACUACUUCUUCGACCGUGACCCCACGGCUUUUGGGGCGGUGCUGAACUAUUUGCGCACGGGGGAGCUGCACGUGCCCACCACGAUGUGCGGCCCCGCCCUGCAGAACGAGCUGGAGUUCUGGGGCGUGGACGAGCUGGACAUCGAGCGAUGCUGCUGGACGCAGUACAACACGUGGAAGACUCAGAGCCGCUCGCUGGAGAAGCUGGAGUACGACCGCAAGUUCUCCACCACCCAGAACCUACAAGCCCUCAAGGGCAAGAACUCGGGGUGCUGGGGGAGCACGCGGGCUGCCGCCUGGAAAUUCCUACAAGACCCAGGAUCCUCCAGAGCGGCAAAGGCAUACGCUUGGGUGUCCAUCGUCUUUGUGUUCAUCUCCAUCUUCUCCUUCUGCGCCGAGACGCAUCCUUUCUUCAGGGUCCGCCUGGAGGACGUGCAGCAGUUCUCUUCUCUUUACCGCUUCUUCAAUCUGGAGGCGCUGCAGUCGGUCCUCAAGAGCCAUCGGCAGCUGGGCCGCAACAGCACGCGACCUUCACCUUACAACGGCACCGCAGGCUCUGGGGAGGAUGCCGGGAAGGAGACAGCGGAGGACAAUGACCUGCCUCACCCCAGCCUGCUCAUCAUGGACCUGUGCUGCCUCAUCUUCUUCACCAUCGAGUACCUCACGCGCUUCGUGUGCUCGCCCAGCAAGGUCAACUUCCUCAGGUCCUUCCAGAACAUCAUCGACUUCGUGGCCAUCUCGCCAGACUACGUGGAGCUGCUCUUCCUCAUCAUCGACCCCAUGCGGCGCGAAGGCAACAUCGUCAUGGACCUCAUGUUCAUUUUGCGCAUGCUCCGCCUGUGUCGGAUCUUCCGGCUGAUCCGGCACGUGCCGGGACUGUGGAUCUUGCUGUACACGCUCAAGGCGUCCUUCAACGAGCUCAUGCUGAUGUGCGUCUUCCUGCUCAUCGGCAUGGUCGUCUUCGCCACCCUCAUGCACUUCGUCGAGAGCCAGAACGGCUUCCGCAACAUCCCCGUAGGAUUUUGGUGGAGUGUGGUUACCAUGACGACGGUAGGCUACGGGGACAUCGUGCCGCAAACGGCGGGCGGCUACGUCAUCGGCUCGUGCUGCGCUGUGGCGGGGCUGCUGAUGAUCGCCUUCACGGUUCCCAUAAUAGUCAGCAACUUCGUGCUGUACUACACGCACGUGCAGUAUGGUCUGGCUCGCCGAGACCGCGAGAUCGAGAGGCUGACGGAGGAACAGGGGGGCGGGGGUGACGAGGAGAGCGGUCAGGGUACGGAGAGCGGUCAGGGCAGCAGGACUGACCUGUCUGACGUCAGAGGGGUGCUCCCUCACCCCCGCCCCGCCGUCGACUCGGCGGCCAUCGCCUUAGGACAGCACGUGGCGCUGACGUCACACGCCGCGACAGAUGACGAGGUUGGGGAAGGGGGAAAAUGUAGGUUUGAGCUCUCCAGCGACUUGGUCAGCUUGUAGUAGAUGACAUCGCCAUGACAACGCGGAAAUACAAACACCACAACGGCAGACUAAGUAGCGAGCCUGUCAGAGCGUGUGUCCGUCGUGGUGUGUAAUAUCGUGUGAGUGUGUUUGUGUGUGUGUGUGUGAGAUAGAGAGAGACAUGUUAUCCGACUGGUGUACUUGUGUGUAGUACACUUGUGUGUGUGAGUGCGUUUGUGUGUGUGUGUGAGUGAGUGAGUGUAAGUGAGUGAGUGUGACUGAGUGUGUGAGUGUGAGUGAGUGUGACGUAGUGUGGUCCUCACAAGUGACAACGAACAUCAAGUGCCCACAAGCUGUUAGACUGGAUUUUCCUUGUGUCACGUCUACCACUCCCUGACACCCUGACACCCUGUUUACUUUGCCUUCUUUAUGUGAAGCACGUCACAUAGCCCUUGACGUGUGUGGAGUACGUCACACACAACUUGUCACAAACUCAAUGAACUACGUGGCUCCGUUGUGUACCUGUAGUAUCCAGUAAGGAAGCCAAAGGUCAAAGGUACCCUGACGUAAUGCUGUUGGUGACAUGCAAACGUCGGUGAGAUUUGUCUCCUCAGCUGACGACCCUGACCCCCGACCCUGACCCUGACCCUGACCCUGCCUAUAAGUGACAUGAGAACUGAGAACUGCAAAAUGCAACAUUGGACAACAUCAACAACGACUGUUGUGGUAAUGCCACGAGUUUGUGACGUCCUUCAAUGUGUGACAGGUGUUACAGUGUAGCCACCCGACUUGUCGACACCACAGACUGCGUGGCGGCCAUUACUGUUGGAAUGCAACCAAGAUGGCUGUGCAUGUGGCAGACGACUGUAGAAUAGUUGUGAGCACUAGACAUGCGCAGUUCUUGUCAUUGCUUCUCUCCGGAACAAUUUCUUCUGCACGUCUUCCUUGUCCACCAGAAGUAGUAGCGGAGGUUGUAGCCCCCGGGCUUUGCACACUGCACUUUGGAUGCGAGUAGCGGCCGUUUAUAUUGAUGACGUCAUUACUGCUGUUCCUGAUUGUCAUUAUCAUCAACUGUCUGUUGUGAGCUCUUGUCUAGCAGCUGAUGGCCGUCUGCACACUGCACUCAGACGAACUGUUUGCAGCAAACUUAGGACGUGACAUUUGACCUCGUGUACAGGUCUCCGUCUCAUUGACUCCGUGAGACAGCGGCUUGCAGGUGACGUCAUUGCUACCUGGUACGUGUCGGUCAGCAGUCCAUGCAUCCAUCAGUACGCGUGUACAUAUCUAUACAUACACAUACACAUAUACAUAUACACACACAUACACAUACACCUACACACACACACAUACACACACAUAGACACACACCUACAGGUCCACAGGUAGAAAGUCAACGGCGCGAAGUGUGUUUUGCCAACUUUGCACAAUUUCUGCGAUUUUCUGACAUUUCUGAUGGCGACAUCUUUAAAUGCGUAAACAGCUCCUGACGUCAGACAGCUCUUGAAUUGUACAGCUCCUGACGUCAUUAGAAUGAGACUACUGACAGUGGUGACGUCAUCAGUGAGUUUGACGACACAGCUGACAGAGUGGUGACGUCAUCAGUGAGUUUGACGACACAGCUGACAGAGUGGUGACGUUUAGCUGUAGCUGCAGUCGUGAGCUGCAAAGGUUGACGCUCGUGUGACGCUCACUGUGGUUGACUCGCCUCACCUCCCUGUGACGUCUGCUGCUGACAAGAAAUCUCUUCAAAGGCCAAAGGUCAGACUCACUUAUUGCAGAUGAAAGGCGGUGGUCCGUGAAAGGGAGGGAAACAAGAUGUGACGUGCGGGGCCAGGGAGAGUCAGGGCCUGGGUGUCACAGCAGCUUGAUGACCGCAUCAUUGCAAUACUUGCGGUUAUCUCCCCUCGUCUCGCACGCUCAGUGCCUGUUGCUAGGGGAGAGCAUCCUGUUCGUGUUCACAGCCGCAGACGCUGGCGUCUUCAUUCAAACUUCCAGUGCAUUCCAACGAAAACAAACAACAACAACAUGGCGUGUUUGCAGGGAGCCACGUGGUUCAUGUCCACGGCUCGCGUCUUUCAUUUCUUGCUGCCGGCAACUCGUCACGUUUCUUCUCUCGUCUUUUCUUCCCUUCACAGCUCGCCAAACCUUCCUUCCUGCUGUUUGUCCAGCAUUGAUUGCAGAUAUUUUCUUUCGCUUUACUCGUGUCUCUGACAGUUUCAUGUUUACACGUAGUUGUGCUACCUGCGCAUGCGCAGUCAGUGUGUGACAUCCAUCAUCACACAAAGUUCAACGGUUCUCCGUUGUGUGCGGUCGUCCAUCUUGAAUUAAUGCCGCUUCCAAUCAAAACUACUUCCUUGUGCCCUGGGCUCCAACGUGAUUGGCUGUAGAUACUUAUCUUUCUACAGGCAGGAUGAAAAAGUGCUUGAAAACCUCACAUCACCUGAAGCAUUCUACUCGCCACCUGGUACGUCACCGUUAGCCGCGGGCUGUCUGGGUCUGUGGGCAUGCGUGACUACGUCAGGGAGAUCAGGGUAGCGUGACUACGGCAGGGAGAUCAGGGUAGCGUGACUAAGGUAGCGUGACUAAGGUAGCGAGAUGAAGGUAGCGUGACUAAGGUAAGGAGAUCAAGGUAGCGUGACUAAGGUAGCGUGACUAAGGUAGCGAGAUGAAGGUAGCGUGACUAAGGUAAGGAAAUCAUGACAGCGUGACCAAGGAACUGAAUGAAUAACGAAUGUUUCUGAGAAGUUGUAAGUAACGUUCGGGGACAACAAGCCUGUGGAGUAGUGUGAGUCACGCUCACCUUCACGUUCUGUCACCUGUACAGUGAGGUUCAUGACCUCAGAGAGAGGACGCUGUCAGAAUAAUGUUACGCACCGUCAAUUCCAUUUCUUGUUAAAAUUUCUUCAAAAAACUUUCCAUUUUGUAUUUGUAAUCGCCAGUCAUUCCACUCCUCGUCUACUAGUGGCGCUGCCCCUCCCGUCCUCGUCUGUCCUGUGAGUUUAUCUCUUGCACACACCGCAGUGUCCCAUCAUGCACGUGGCCCGCAGGUGACAUCGUCUGCUGCAAGUGUGCGUAGUCACAACACGUCACGUGGUCUGUAACCCGGACAUGCACGUGGUGUUUACAGAGUAGCAUCCUGACCUGGCUACACUUUACUGACCUCUGACUGUUUGACCUCAGCGUGACUGUGUAACACCAGCAACAUCCUGGCAUGCGCAUUGACAUUCUCCAGAAUAUUCGCUCUACUUCCUGGGUCAGUCUGAAGAUUCUUCAACGUGCGUAAUAAAGUGAGUUUUACAAUAAAUGUAGACAAAGCGUGACACUAGGUGUAGUCUGUAGUAGUAGUAAUACCUGUAGACGACACUAGGUGUAGUCUGUAGUAGUAGUAAUACCUGUAGACGACACUAGGUGUAGUCUGUAGUACUAACAAUACCUGUAGACGACACUAGGUGUAGUCUGUAGUAGUAACAAUACCUGUAGACGACACUAGGUGUAGUCUGUAGUAGUAGUAGUAGUAAUACCUGUAGACGACACUAGUUGUAGUCUGUAGUAGUAACAAUACCUGUAGACGACACUGGGUGUAGUCUGUAGUAGUAGUAGUAGUAAUACCUGUAGACGACACUAGUUGUAGUCUGUAGUAGUAACAAUACCUGUAGACGACACUAGGUGUAGUCUGUAGUAUUAACAACACAUGUAGACAAAGCGUGACACUAGGUGUAGUCUGUAGUAGUAGCAAUACCUGUAGGUGACACUAGGUGUAGUCUGUAGUAGUAACACCUGUAGAUGACACUAGGUGUAGUCUGUAGUAGUAGUAACACUUGUAGGUGACACCAGGUGUAGCAUGACGACAUCGUCAAACAACCAAAGCUCAAGAGGAAGACCCAGCAAGGAGAUGUCACAGACCGCGCCUGUUAGUCUGAGUAGCGUUGCCCUUGGUGACGACCACCACCAGAAAGCAACCGGAAAUGACGUAGGCUUAAGUAGCCAAUCGGCUCGCUCAGCGCCGCUUGUUACACACCAGUCAGCUGUCUCCUGACAUCCAACAUGCUGACGUCCUGUGCGUGGCUUUAUUCCAGAGUUUAUUUACGCUUGCGGUAUAAACAUACUUCACCUCAUUUUUAAAUUAUUUACAAAAUAUCCUGAGGGUGUUACCUUGGUGACACAUCAAAGGCUUUCACCACUUACCUGUCUUUUCUAUGAAAUCACAACAGCACAACGCGUGUUUACAUUUCCUCUUCUAGCACCUGUCUACAACAGCUGAUUGACACUUACCUUCCUACUACCACUGUCCUGUAAACCUGUGUAGACAACUGACUGUGACUGUCUGUCCUGUAAACCUGUGUAAACAACUGACUGUGACUAGACUGUCCUGUAAACCUGUGUAGACCACUGACUGUGACUGUCUGUCCUGUAAACCUGUGUAGACCACUGACUGUGACUGUCUGUCCUGUAAACCUGUUAGACCACUGACUAGACUGUCUGUCCUGUAAACCUGUGUAAACAACUGACUGUGACUAGACUGUCCUGUAAACCUGUGUAGACCACUGACUGUGACUGUCUGUCCUGUAAACCUGUGUAGACCACUGACUGUGACUGUCUGUCCUGUAAACCUGUUAGACAACUGACUAGACUGUCUGUCCUGUAAACCUGUUAGACCACUGACUAGACUGUCUGUCCUGUAAACCUGUUAGACCACUGACUAGACUGUCUGUCCUGUAAACCUGUUAGACCACUGACUAGACUGUCUGUCCUGUAAACCUGUUAGACCACUGACUAGACUGUCUGUCCUGUAAACCUGUUAGACCACUGACUAGACUGUCUGUCCUGUAAACCUGUUAGACCACUGACUAGACUGUCUGUCCUGUAAACCUGUUAGACCACUGACUAGACUGUCUGUCCUGUAAACCUGUGUAGACCACUGACUAGACUGUCUGUCCUGUAAACCUGUGUAGACAACUGACUGUGACUGUCUGUCAUGUAAACCUGUGUAGACCACUGACUACUACUGUCCUGUAAACCUGUGUAGACAACUGACUGUGACUGUCUGUCCUGUAAACCUGUGUAGACCACUGACUACUACUGUCCUGUAGACCUGUUUAGACAAUUGACCAGACUGUCAUGGCUAGACUGUCCUGUAAACCUGUAAACUGACUAGACUGUCCUGUAAACCUGCUUAGACCACUGACUAGACUGUCAUGACUAGACUGUCCUGUAAAGCUGUGUAGACAACUGACUGUGACUGUCUGUCCUGUAAAGCUGUGGAGACAACUGACUGUGACUAGACUGUCCUGUAAAGCUGUGUAGACCACUGACUACAGGUCACUAGACUGUCCUGUAAAGCUGUGUAGACCACUGACUGUGACUGUCUGUCCUGUAAAGCUGUGUAGACCACUGACUAGACUGUCAUGACUAGACUGUCCUGUAAAGCUGCUUAGACCACUGACUAGACUGUCAUGACUAGACUGUCCUGUAAAGCUGUGUAGACCACUGACUAGAGGUCACUAGACUGUCCUGUAAGAGCGGAAUGUUUAUUUACCCGGAUGUGAAUGUAGCCGCCUACUAGGAGAGCCUGUGUUGAUGACCGUAGGUCGCCAUGACGUCCUGUAGGAGACAAACGACAAAGGUGAAGACAAACCUCUAUGCAUCUUCUGUGAUAUCAGUAAUAAAGGUUAUCUCAAACAUG